AUGCAAAGUGCAUUUCGUGUAGUCAAUAUUGUAAUGGGUUUAAUGGCAGUAAUAGGCGCUAGUGUUUGGAUGGAUUUAAAAUACUUUAAACAUAAAGGUACAAUUAUUGGAAAUUAUUUAUUACCUGAACAAAUUGUUGGAAAAUUCGAUCAAUUAAAAUAUUUUCAAUUUAAUAAAAAUGAUUUAAUUUGUGCAUCGUUUUCAAAAUCAGGAACAACAUUAAUACAAGAAAUUGUUUAA